AAAUCCACGCUUCAUACAUGUUGGUUUAAUUUUCAGAAGAAAGGGCGCUAGAGAGUCAGUGUAGAAAUGGAUAUCAUUGAGAGCAGUUACAAAGGAGAUACAAAAAAUGACAGAAUGGAUGGAAAAGGAGAGUACACUUUCCCUACAGAAACUAAGUAUGUGGGAGAGAUGAAAGAUGGGAUGUUCCACGGCAAAGGAGUGCUGCACUUUCCAAAUGGAAGUAGAUAUGAGGCCACCUGGGAAAAUGGCAAAGCUAAACAGGGUUAUUUUACCUUUGCUGAUGGUCUGCAGUACGAGGAGCAGAACUGGGACUACUGCGAUGGUUAUGAUAGGUGCUUCUACAGUGAGCGAUGCAAUGGACUUAGACCUGCAGGGGAAUCUCAGCUAACUGAUCUUCAUCCGCCACGUGUCAUUCCUGAGGGGUGUUACGAUUGUGCCGAUGGUUUCUAUGACCCCAAUACCAAAGUCGUCACUUCCUACACUGGCAGAUUCCUCAGGAAUGCAGAUGACUCCGAGCAUGAGUGGAUUGUGCGGACUUGUCGGAAAGCUUGGGACGAGGUUGUUGUCGUUCAUCCUGAAAACUCUUUUGCAACCCGACCUAAAGAAAGCAGCAAAUGAUGAGUUCAGACCGCUCUUUUCGCCUAUUCAUUUUUAGCGAUAGCUUAGUAAAAAUAAAGGAAUUGUUGCACUUGUUUUUGUCUUUUAUUUAUAAAAGCAUAUGGCCUACAUGUCCCUUCUUUCAUUUAGCGAUACAAUAAAUU